CUGGUGUCCGUGUCAGGAUCAUGUCAGCACAACAAACUUUCGAUUUAAUAACACAUCAAAUUAAAGUAUACAACAUACUACGUAAGUAAUUUACGGCAAAAAGCUGGAAUAAAGAACAGUCGUGAUUGAAGAAUUAUAGAAAAAUCAGCUUUCGUCACUUGGACAUCAUGGAAGAUUUAAAUGGCCACAGUGAUGUUUAACAAUUUUCUAAACAAAGUGUCAGACUGACUUGAUGAACCAGAGAUUCAGCUCAGUUCACUCCGGAUGAAUUGAUAGUCAUACAUAAUUUGCUGAAGUAAUAGUGUCUCAUCUUUUCGGGCUCUUCGUUUCGACCAAGAAGAAUCACAAGACAACAAGGACGAGUAACGAGACAGGAAGUAAUAAUAAGAAUACGACGAAGCACAUGAGAAUCUGGAUUUUGAAAACGAUGCUGCAUUGAAUAUUUCCUGUUGGACAAUUUUAGUGUAGUUGUGAGUUGUGAUACGUGUCUGUGUAUGCCUCCUCAAACCUCCAACGCUAUAUUACAUUGAGAUUUAACUCUCUCCUCUUGUGAACGUUUUCCUCAGCCUAAAACAGUUAAAAAUAACACGCGUUCAGCGUUGCAGAUGGGAUUCGGUUUUGUUGAAUCGGAUGGAUCUGUGAGAUUUCUGUGAGGAGUUAGUCGUGUUGGGUGUGUAAUAAUAAUGAAUGUCGGUGCAGCUUUAGUUGAACUGGAAAAUGUGAAAGACACAUUUUUGUGAUGGUUUACAUGCAUGCAUUUUAUGGCCUGAUUCAUUAUUGUUCGGAAAAAGAAGAGACCACAAAAAUCUUUUAACUUUACAUUUUUUACUACUUUUGGAAUGAAACUGUGUGAAAGGGCUAUUUGUCCUGCGUAGAUAAGCCUCUGAAAAUUUCUUCAACAAAUUGGACCAUUUAUCAUUUACAAAUAGACUCCCUUCUUAAUGUUAUCAUUGCCUCAAACCUUCUCACCACCACCAUCGCCAUCAUCGUCGUCAUCAUCGUCAUCUCGGAGCAAUUCAGGCCUCAGAAACCAGAAACCAAAAGUAUCAGUACCAAAUUCUUCAGAGAUGAGCUCUGAAGAGGUGGCAGAGUUAGCACAGGCAAUUCACAACCAUGCAGAUGUUUUGUACGAGUCGUGGAGAAAAGGUCAAGAAGCGUUCAAUAUGAAGAGAAUGGAGGACACUCUGGAACUUUUGGCAGAUCCAGGGCUCACGCCAAAACUCGAACAUUUGGUAUCCACCUUCGUCCGAAGGGAUAAAGCAAAACGCCAACAGUUCAACAGUCCGGAAGGUGCUGGUGGUAAUGACAGUCAAAACCAAAGGAGAGAAUCAAGUCCAAUCGGAGGAGUCAACAACAAUACACGGAAACCAUUGCCCAAAAGCAUACUUGCAGUCGUACAGAGGUUCGAACCUCAACAAUCGUUAUCCCCACCAGGCCCCAAGGGUCAAGAAAUACCGGUAUUAAUCCACUCGUCCAGGGAAGCAAGUCCUGCAACCACCACUGGAGACAAUAAUCCUGCCCGAAUUAAUCUUCCUGGUGUUGGACCAGUCACCAAAAAUGUUGUUUGGGCUGAAACAAUUAACAAGCACAAUACGACAACAGAGAGAAUUGGAGAUCGGGGAAGCAGCCCAAUUCCUACUCCAAUUAAUAUCAAAACAUAUCUUGAUUCCUCGAAUCAAGCAACAAAUAAUGGAAUUACGAAAACUAUAAUUUCACCCACCACUGGAAAAAUUGUUAGAGAAAGAACAAUCCCAAUAGAACGAUCCAAUGAUACUAAUGAUUCAAGUUUCAAUAAUAAAAAUAACGGCGUUAGCUUGCAAUCAGCCAGCACUCGGGAUAAUAGAUUUAGUCCAGGACGCGUUAUAUCCACUGCCGGUCCGACUAUUUCACCAACCUACACCACUAACGCUUUGGAACAGGAAGAGGAAAAAUUGUUGCGAGCGUUGCAAGUGAAUCAAGUUGUUGUUGCCCCCAAGUACUCUUCAAAUAAGAUUGGAAGCAGCAUACCUCCACGUGAAAAAGUUCUUUUUCAGACAAAAGUGGAUUUUGCUAAAGAGAGGAUUCGUCAAAGCCAAGAACACCCCUUGACCCAACAGAGACUCGAGCUCCAGAAGCGACUAUCUCUCCCGAAUGGGAAUCUUGCAGCAGCCAUUGCCCUGCAGCAAGGAAAAUUAAAAUUUCAGCCAAGUCGUAGUGCUCACUCUGCAUUGGAUGAAACGGACCUUCACGGUCAUGGUCAGGUACACAAUGGUGGUGGCAAGGAAAUUACCAAUGGCAAAAGUUUUGUCCGAUUUGGACCUGGGGCCACGGUGGCGGAUAGGGUGCAACUGUUUGAAAAAUAUCCUACGCAUAUUGGUCCCCCUUUGGUUGGUCAUGGUCAUGGGAGUAGGGCCCAGUCCCCCAUUCGUACCCCCGGUCAUGUCAUUACACAUCCCAUUCACAUUCAGCACUCCAGUGAACCUCAUUCCCAGCUUCAUCAACCCCCAAGUAGUGGUAGUGUUAGUAACGAUAGCCAAUUACCGUUUACAUCUCAGCCAGUCCAAACGCAGAAUAGUUGUUUAGCCAGUGCGAAUAAUGUUGUUGGUAACGUCAAUUCCAAUGCUCAUGCUCCGUGGAGGAUUUCUCCAGCACGGGAUGUCCGAUCCUUGAUCAUUUCGCAGCCAUCGGAGUCUACGGGAGUGGUCAGUCGAAAGUCCACAGACCCAAUACCCACUACAGUAGUGUCACCAGUGCUGGUGUCAUCACCUCCUCCUCCUGCUUUGACCAGCAAGAAGCACCCCAAAGAUAAGGUACCUCGGGUUGGAACUUGUGGACCGCCAGUCUCAAAAUCAGUCCCGAAAUUUUUCUGGCCGGAAGGAAAACCCACCUCCAACACUGUCCUUCAGAAUACUCUGACCAAAGCAGAAUGCAAACUAAAAGAAGAGAAUAACUGCGUAAACUAUGAUAAAUUCGGAGAGCUUAUGGUAGCCAGUGGACUUCCGCUGUAUUGGAAGAAACCGUUUUGGAUGGCAUUGUGUUUAUCUCCAGACGGAAUUUGCACUUCCAAAAUAUUUAUUCCAUUUCUUCGUUACCUUCUUACAGACGUCCCAGAUGAUGCUGCUAAAUUUGUCAGAAUAUUAUCGUCCGCUUCUCGCAACUUCCCAGUUGGCUAUGAUAAGAACAAUUAUAAUAACAAUAAUACGAACAUGAAUAUUAAAUACUAUACCGAUCAUGGAAAUUAUUGUCAAGAUCUGAAAUUCGUCGAAUUAACAAUGACUGAAUUUGUUCAAAUGAUUCAAGAUAUUAUCGAUACUCACCCAGGUCUUGGUUUUCUAAGAGAUGCCCCAGAGUUUCACAGCCGAUAUAUAACCACUGUUAUAUCUCGGAUAUUCUAUAAGGUUAACCGUUCAUGGUCAGGAAGGUUGACACUGACGGAGAUACGACGUUCCAAUUUGCUCGGAAUCAUCAAGCGUUUAGAGGAAGAGACUGAUAUUAAUACCAUCACCGAAUACUUUUCUUAUGAACACUUUUAUGUAAUUUACUGCAAAUUCUGGGAAUUAGACAAAGACCACGAUCUUCUGAUUGAUAAACAUGAUCUGGCAGCUCACGCUGAACAUGCCAUGUCAAGCCGUAUCAUAGAGCGAAUUUUCAGUGGAACAGUACUCCGUGGAUGGGAUGUCGCUAAUCCACUAAUGGCUGCUCAUGAUAAGAUGACUUAUAGUGAUUUUGUAUGGUUCCUCUUAUCCGAGGAGGAUAAAAAAACUCCGACUGCUAUCGAAUAUUGGUUUCGUUGUUUGGACGUGGAUGGGGAUGGCAUCAUCAGUCCAUACGAGUUACAAUACUUUUAUUCGGAACAAGAAAACCGAAUCGAAAGUCUUGGUAUUGAACCACUUCAUUUUUCUAAUGUUUAUUGUCAAAUAGUUGAUAUGCUUCAUUGCAGUUCUACAGGAAUUCGCCUCAAAGAUUUGAAAAAUAAUCCAUACCUCGCAGCAAACGUUUUUAACACAGUAUUCAACUUGGAAAAGUAUUUGGAACAUGAACAGAGAGAUCCAUUUGCAGCGUCUCCUGGAAAUCAGGAGAAUGGAGAAGGCGAUUCUGAUUGGGACAGAUAUGCUGCUACAGAGUAUGAACUUUUAAUUGCAGAAGAAUCUCCCGGAGAUCAUUUACAUGAUUCCGGUUUAGAAGAAAUAUUAAUGACCCCGUGAAACUUAAUCCUUAAAAAGUACUUUAGCAGUUAGUGUGAUUCUAUUAUAUUAUAUAUAAAUACACGCAAAAAUAGUCAUUAAUUCAUGCACUACUCGUAAAAAAUGUUAUAAAAACUAAGCAAUAUAAAUCUUAUAUGCAUAAAAAUAUGCCCACAAUAGUCUAUAUUUAUAGUUCUUAAUAUUAUUAUUUUAAAUUCAGUUAGACGUAUGUAUAGUGCGCAGUUGGGUAAGUCAUGUAAAAGACUGAAUGUAUCAAGUUUGUAAGCAAUAAUAAAUAUCAAUAUAUUAAAAACA